CGAGCACAGACAAGCCUCUGAGAAGUGUUUGUGGUUUUACAUACGAGUUUGUGAUGCCGUUAAACCAUUUUUAGACAUGCAAUACCCUCAAAUGGAUACCUGGACGUGGCUCCUUUCUACUUUAAAACUGAACAGGAUUUGGAUACUAAAGGAUGUCAUAUUUUCUCUAUGAAGUUUUAGGUUUGGAGGAAAAAUUAUUGUUCAAAUGAUCCUAAAUGUCAUAAAAGGUAAGCACCUUUUAUGAUGAAUAGCUUUUUAAUACCAAUGGAACUAAUAUUUUUGAGAUUCAGUGUUUUUUAAACACUAGAUUGAAACUUUUGCCGCUUUUCUAAUGAGUUUGACUGUCAUUUGGAAAUACCAUCACAUAAACCAAAUGGAUUACCUUUAAACAAACAGCAUGUCACUGGACCAGGCCAACACAGCAAACACAGAGCAGUCCACUGAGUGCUCUGCAGAGUAUUCAGGGCCAGCUCCCAGGGAUCCUGGUCGUAGUCGGGAUGUGGCCAUCCUACAGUCUGGCUGCUGCCGCUGCCUGCCGCGGGCAGUACGCCUCACUUUUACCCCUGAGUCUCUGGAGAGGCUUUAUCAGAAUUACUUUUGUCGGCAGAGAGAGGAGAACCUGCUGGUCUUAGUGUUAUUCGCAGCCCUCUUUAACAGCUUCAUCAUCAUCAUGUGUGCAGUGGUUUACACAGAGGACAAAAUGGCAAUGGUGGUGGUUGCAGCCGUGGGGUUGACAGCAGAUGUAGUUCUCUACCUGCUGUGCUGGUUUCAAAAACUCCCUACAUCACCUGUGGCACGAGGGGCAGUACCUUAUGUGCUGUGGCUGAUGGUCACCAUCCAUGUUUUAUGUUACAUGGGACUGAACUACGAGCAGUACUCUGAUGCAAGUGACUCAGUGGGCUGGCUGGCUUUCUUCAGCUUCUCCAGCUUUCUGACCUUACCACUGAAUCUGGUUCCCCUCGUCCUUCUCACAACCCUCUCCUGUGGGAUACACACCCUGGUACUUGGGGUCACCGUGGCUCAGAGGUUUGGGGAUAAUCUUCAGGGGCCCAUGCUGGUGAGACAGCUGUUGGCCAAUGUGAUGCUGUACCUGUGCGCAGCCAUGGUGGGUGUGAUGUCAUUCUACAUGGCCGAUAGGAAGUACAGGACAGCAUUUUUGGAAGCUCGUCAGUCACUUCAGGUCAAACUGACUCUGGAGGAGCAGAGCACCCAGCAGGAGGAAUUAUUGCUGUCUAUCCUACCAAAGCAUAUUGCUGAUGAGAUGCUGCAGGGUAUGCAGAACCAGGCCAAUCAGAAUGAGGUCCAGCAGCAUCAGCAGUUCAAUACCAUGUACAUGUACCGCCAUGAAAAUGUCAGUAUACUCUUUGCAGACAUAGUCGGCUUCACCCAGUUAUCCUCAGCCUGUAGCGCCCAAGAGCUGGUCAAGCUGCUCAAUGAACUGUUUGCACGCUUCGAUAAACUGGCCUCACAACAUCACCAACUACGAAUUAAGAUUCUCGGGGACUGCUACUACUGCAUCUGUGGGCUGCCAGACUUUAGGGAAGACCAUGCCGUUUGCUCCAUAAUGAUGGGCCUUGCAAUGGUGGAAGCUAUCUCGUAUGUGCGGGAAAAGACAAAAACCAACGUGGACAUGCGGGUGGGUGUCCACACAGGCACUGUGCUCGGUGGAGUGCUGGGUCAGAAACGCUGGCAGUUUGAUGUUUGGUCAACAGAUGUCACUGUGGCCAAUAAGAUGGAAUCUGGAGGAAUCCCUGGGAGAGUGCAUAUUUCCCAGAGUACCAAGGACAGUCUGCAUGGAGAGUUUGAGGUUGAACCUGGAAAUGGGGGAGAGAGGUGUGAGUACCUGUUGGAGAAAGGAAUUGACACUUACCUGGUUCUCAAACCUAAACAGGAAGCAAAUGGACUUAAUGGAACAACACCAGGUGAUCUGACCCACAGAAAUUCAGAUCAGGUGAUCAACACAACCAAAACUAAUGGGAACUCAGUCUCACACCAGUCAAUGUUGGCUAAUCCUACUCAGGAGAGAAAUAAGAUGGCGGAUGAAAAAGCAAUCAACAGACGACUGCAGCAGGAGCUCCUGGACAGAGAGUCUCAGCAAAUAAUGAAGGAUCACCAAAUCAAUCCAGUUUCUCUGCGCUUUGUGGAUGGAAAGCUGGAGGAGCAUUAUUCCUCGGAGAAGGAGAAGAGAAGUGGAGUGGCCUUUAGCUGCUGUAUCAUCGUGCUCUUUUUCAUCACAGCAAUGGAAGUGUUUAUUGAUCCAUUGUUGGUUGUGAACUAUGUGACUCUUGCUGUCGGACAAUUGUUGUUACUAAUUCUCACAGUUUGCUCCCUGGCUGCAAUCUUUCCUAGGAUGUUCUCCAAGAGGUUGGUUUCUUUCUCGAUGUGGAUCGACCGUACGAGAUGGGCUCGGAACACCUGGGCCAUGGCUGCCAUAUUUGUGCUAACCAUGGCAGUAAUAGCCGACAUGCUCAGCUGUGUACCACCAUCACUGCGGCUCUUCAACAGUACCUUUGGCCCGAUGCUGGAGUCACUUGGAGACCGGGGAUGUGCAGAAAAUCCAAAAUAUUACAGCUUCAUGGCUGUGAUGUCCCUUAUUGCAACGGCCAUGUUGGUGCAGGUCAGCCACCUGAUCAAACUGGGCCUUAUGGUGCUAGUUGUCACAGCAACUGGAGCUGUUAAUAUUUACAGCUGGCGGGACAUUUAUGACCUGUAUGAUUUUAUACAGUUUGCCUCCUACAGAACAUCCAUGGUACCAUCAAAGUAUCUCAUGACAAUGAUGAUUAUCGUCAUGAUGAUAAGCUUUUAUUUCUUUGCUCGUCAUCUGGAGCGUCAGUCCAGGAAAUUAUUCCUGUGGAAGAUUGGGGUCCAUGACCAGAAGGAGCGAGUAUUUGAGAUGAGGCGCUGGAACGAGGCACUGGUGACCAACAUGCUGCCAGAGCAUGUGGCUAAACAUUUUCUUGGCACUAAACUAAGAGAUGAGGAGCUGUACAGUCAUUCUUACGAUGAAAUUGGUGUGAUGUUUGCCUCCAUUCCAAAUUUUUCUGACUUCUACACUGAAGAAAGCAUUAACAAUGGUGGCAUUGAGUGUCUAAGGAUCCUCAAUGAGAUCAUCUCAGACUUCGACAGUUUAUUGGACCGAGAUGAGUUCAGGUGUAUCACAAAGAUCAAGACGAUCGGAAGCACAUACAUGGCUGCCUCUGGACUAACCCCAGAGAGUAACACCAAUGGAUAUGGCAGCCGAAAGCCAGAAGAGCAGUCCAUCAUUGAACGCUGGCAGCACCUGGCUGACCUUGCAGACUUCGCCCUGGCCAUGAAGGUCACCCUUGAUAACCUCAACAAUCAGUCCUUCAACAACUUCAUGCUAAGGAUUGGUUUGAAUAAAGGAGCUGUUCUGGCAGGAGUAAUCGGAGCCCGUAAACCUCAUUAUGAUAUCUGGGGUAACACAGUGAAUGUGGCCAGCAGAAUGGAGUCAACUGGAGUGAUGGGGAACAUACAGGUGGUGGAGGACUGCUAUGACAUCCUGAAGGAGUAUGGCUUUCGCUUUAUCCGAAGAGGGCCCAUAUUUGUCAAAGGAAAAGGGGAGCUGCUUACCUUUUUUAUGAAAGGAAAAGACAAGUCCAGCUGCAAAGCCGGUCUAGGAACCACUGAUCUCCCACACCAAGUUGAGGACCUUUCCUGAUUUUUUUUUUCCCAUGUCAAUAUUUCAGUGGGCUCUUUGCACAACUCCACUACUUCCUGAACUUAAGGUGGGUAUUUUGUUUCCUAUUUUAUUUCUACUGGGUGAACUGAUUAAUACAGAUGCGCCUGACCUCAGUAAACAUGGACAGACAGUCCUGGAUUAAUCAGUUCAUCCAGUAAUGAAAGACAGGAAACAAAAAAGCUGACUUAGAUUCAGGAAUAAGUCGAGUUUUGCAUAGAGCACAUUAACGUGCAAACAGAUUUUAAGAACAAUAUUAGCUUUGCUCCAUUUUUCUUUUAUUUUUUUUUCAGCUUUUACAACAGAAAAGUAGGACUAUAUAGACAAACAAACUCAAAUGUUCUUUCACAAUUAUCAUAACUUUUAGAAAACAAAAGUAAGUUUUGUAAAGGGGUAAACAUUUCAAUAUCUUCCAAAGUGUCAAAAAUGACGACAUUUGAACAACCAAAACAGCCUUUUUCUUCGUAAACAGUUCAGGUGACAUACUCAAACACAUGAUACAGUAUUUUGGUUGUCUCUUAUUUAAAUUGAAUUGUUCAAACAACAAACAAGUUGCAAGGAAAACAUAAACAAGCAUGGAAAUGCGUGGCAAAUUUCAAUCCAUAUCACGAAGUAAGAAUCGUUUUGUUCAGGGGGUGAUCAUAAAGCCCAUCUUACUCUCACUGAUGACAUAAAUUCCCUUUUAUUCUUUUUUAUUUGUUGAUAUUGAAGUAUGUGAUAUCAUCAUAGCCCAUAUUUAAGUCUAAAGCUUUUAAAUAUGGGCUAUCUAAGCAUAUAAGGGGAAAUGUGCAUCUGACCUUAUAGUCUCAUGGAUGUAACAAACAUGUAACAUAAUGUAUUUAACCUUGAGCUCAGAUUUAUAAGAAAAUUAUAACAGUCAGGCUAACCUUGUUGCAUUUAUACUUUUAAUAAAAUAUGU